AAGACUCAAUUGACAAUUUUUUAAUUUUUUUUAAACAACCAAUUAAAAGAUGCGAUGAAAUAGCUACCUUAAAUUUCAUCAUUCACAAAUGUUGACGUCGCAUUUCCAUUCUAGUUCAUAAUAAUAAUAAAUCCUUUAACCAACCAAACCGACAAAUUAAUCGUUUAUACAUUCUUGAAGAGCGUAUAUGGGUAAAUAUAUAUGUAGAUUGUUGUGUAGUGUAUAUAGUUGAACUGCUCUACUCUAAUUUGUCAUAUAUAAAAGAAAUUAUAUUGUCCAAAGUCUAAAAGAAAGAUAGAAUAUUGAUUUAUAAAGAAGUAAAAGAAGCCACUUGGUCAUAAAAUGAAAUACCGCCGUUGGUCGUUCCGAUGCUACACAAUUCUUUGUAUAUAUAAGAACCCAUUAAAAUGAAGAGCAUGUCCAUUCGAUAAGAAAGCGUAAGAUCAUACAUUAUUUAGUGUUACAGUGAGAACAUGAUAUAUAAACAUCGUGAAAUGCUUGUAUGAUAAUAUAAACGAAACUAUAUUGAGUGUAUCGUAAUUUGUUGAGAGAAUUGUAACUACUACUGGUAUUCAUUGCGUGAACUUGAGCUUGAAACAAUUAUUGGUGGAAUAAAAUGAGUCAUGGCAAUGAAAACAAGAAAAAAACACCGGGACUCCAAAGAAACAUUGGACUCAUGGCUGCGGUGAACAUUAUAAUCAGUGUUAUGAUAGGUUCCGGAAUUUUUGUUUCUCCUACAGCCGCGUUACGAUAUUCCGGUAGUAUAGGAUUCUGCUUGGUUGUGUGGACAGCAUGCGGUUUUGUUUCCUUAUUAGGCGCACUUUGUUUCGCUGAAUUGGGAACUGUGAUUCCGCGCAGUGGUGCAGAGUAUGCAUAUCUCUUCGAAGCAUUUGCUAAACAAAAUAAAUUUUGGGGACCGUUACCGGCUUUUCUACUGUCAUGGGUGUUUGUUUUGGUCUUGAGGCCGGCUGAAAUUGCUGUGAUUGUGUUAACAUUUGCCGAAUACUCUAUUCAACCGUUAGUGCCUGUUCUUGGAAUGACACAUAUGUCGGUGCACGACCUAGAAAAAUUAAUUAAAUUGAUAGCGUUGCUAGGAUUAGGAAUUAUUACCUACAUUAAUCUCAGUAGUGUUAAACUGUACGUUCGAAUAAAUAAUAUAUUCAGCGUAUGCAAAGUGAUAGCAUGUCUAAUAGUAAUUGGUGGCGGUAUAUAUCAAUUGGCUAUCGGUAAGACGGAAAAUUUACAGUCUGGUUUUAAGGGUACCACCACAAAUUUGGGACAUAUUGCACUAGCAUUUUAUAAUGGACUCUGGGCGUAUGACGGCUGGUCCAGCGUCACGACUGUCACAGAAGAAAUUAAAUGCCCUGAGAAAAAUAUUCCCAGAUCCAUAAUGAUUGGUGUUCCUAUAAUCACCGGGCUCUAUGUCUUCAUGAAUCUAGCUUAUAUGACUGUUUUGACGCCACAUGAAAUGAUGACCGCACCAGCUGUCGCAGUUGAAUUUGGUAACAGAAUUCUGGGGCCGAUGGCAUUUUUGAUUCCUUUGGGGGUAGCACUUAGCACAUUCGGCUGUGCAUUGAGUGUCCAAUUCGGUGUGACAAGAUUAUGCUUUGUUGCCGGAAGAGAAGGUCACUUUCUGGAACCUAUGUCAUACAUUCAUGUAAAACGGUCGACUCCAGGUCCUGCCGUUGCUUUACAAGGAAUUAUAACGUUCAUGUUCAUUGUUGUUGGUGAUAUCGAGGCGCUGAUAGAGUUUGCUUCAUUUUUGAUAUGGGUUGCAUAUGGAUCGGCAUUUGUGAGUCUACUGGUCCUUCGGCGAACGCAUCCAGAUAUACCCAGACCAUACAAAGUUCCAAUUAUCAUUCCAAUUUUUGCACUUCUCGUUGCAAUUUUCCUAUCGGUUAUGCCCAUAAUUAGUGAACCAUCCAUUAAAUACCUGGCAGCGUUAGCAUUUAUUUUCAGCGGUAUCGCAGUGUAUACGCCAUUCGUCUAUCACAAAAUACGACCAAGAUGGAUGAAUAAAUUUACAUAUUUGCUGCAAUGUCUCUUCGAAGCUGCACCUCCUCCGAAGGAAUUAUAAAACUUAAGACAAGUUCAGCGUAGUUUUUUUUUAGAUUUACGACUAGUAUCCCUGGACAAUCGUUCUCGAUCAAAGUACCUUCAUGUACAAAAACACGACUAACAUAAUAGACCAAACAACGGAAGUGCAGCCCUUAACUCUUUUAUAAAUUUUUUCGGGCCGACUCCACUCAAAAUAAAAUUUUAAAAUUAUAAUCCGUUGCUCACUUCAAAAACAGAACUCAUUAAAUAUUCAAAUACAAAGCAAUGAUGGGUAUACAAAGCUUACAGUGAGAAUACCAGGUCGUGUUUGUUAAAUAAAACAAUAAAUAAAUGGAUGGUCCGGUUGAUGUUUACCGGAACUAUUUUGUCCGGGGAGAUAUUUUUUAUCUGUUAUUUUAUACUAAAGUACGAACAUAAGAAGUGACUAGUCGCAAGCACCUGUGAAUAGCAUCUUCCUUAUAGUGUGGAUGUUAAUUUUAUAGUCAAUUAUCCUAACGAAUGCUUGUUGCUUGCCAGAGUUUAGUUUUUUUGUAAUUAAAU